AUUGUCAAGGGACAUAAAUUUGCUGCAGUUUUUUCGAUCGGAGAAGCACUUUUCAGACCUUAAAUCAUGCCGACAUUCAACAUUUUUGUGACAACAGCAAAGAAAGAUGUCCCGGCUGAUUUUGUUUUGAAAGCAUCGAAAUUUAUUGCUGCUCAGCUAGGGAAACCGGAAUCUUAUGUAACAGUGCGGCUGGUUCCUGACCAAAUAAUGAGCCAUGGUGGUUCUACAGACCCCUGUGCGAGUGUCCAGGUGUUCAGUAUUGGCGCUAUUGGUGGAGAGAAAAACAAGAACCAUUCACAAGCCAUUGGAAAGUUCAUCAACUCUGAACUUGGGAUUCCAAUUGACAGGUUUUACGUAACCUUCAUCGAUGUUGCACGAAGUGAUUGUGGUUACAAUGGCAGUACGUUUGCUUGAUGAGGGAAUACUGGAGGCCUUGACCACUGUGUCACAAUCAGGCUCUUGUUCUAGAAUGAUCAUACUGACAGUAUUUCUCAAAUUAUAAGUGCUUAGGUUUUAUGAAAUGCUUAAACCUUUGUUGUUUUUGAUGCUAAUUGGCUAGAAAAUAAUGUGGUAAUUAUUGUUGGUAUCAUAUUUGCUAUUUAAUGCUCAAUGCAAAAUUAAUGUUCACUGCAAAAUUAAAGGAUUUAUCCUUAUCAUUCAAAUUUAAAGUGACGGCACUUGGAUUAAUGAAAUAAAGUCAAGGUUACUAUGCAUAAAUUUGCUACAUCUUGAUAAAUAAGUAAUGAAAAUUGUAAUAUGAAAUAACAGAAAUAUUUUCACAAAAUUUUGCCAUACUGUGCCAUGAGUGUAUUAAUUUCUUAUUGAGAAAUGACAUACAUAUAUAAUUACAUUCUACCGUAUAUUAUGCUAAAACAAAUUGUUGUUGCUGUUUCUUCUAUCUGGCUAGCAAAAUAAUGUUCACUGCAAAAUAAAAGGAUUUAUCCUUAUCAUGCCAGCUUAAAGAGAAGGAUAAUGAUUAUUGAAAUGUCAAGUGUUUUUUUUUUAUGUCAGUAGUAAAUUCAAAGCAAUUUGUUACAAUACUUGUACAUUUUCUUGGAAAACUAGGAAAAAAUAAAAAAUAAACCAAAAUGUUGCCAAACUGUGCCAUAACUGUACUAUAAGUGUAUUAAUUUAGUAUUAUGAAAUGAUCUGAGUACAUAUAUAUCAUGUUUAAUUUGUGCUUUAUAACCCUUUUGUAUCCAGUGCUGCAAUAAAUGUUUAACAUAUACAAA